AUGUUUCUUCUUUUGGUCCUGAUCUCGGUUCUGAUCGCAGCACAAACUGUACAAACCGCCUUCAUACCGGUCUCACGCUCCUCUUUCUCCUCCUUUUCAGGCAACUCGAGCGAAAUCACAUUGUCGCAACUCGAUGCUAUCAUCAAUGGUACUACUUGUCCCUUGAAAGGCUCUCAGUUCUUAGACGAAUGUCGUACGGCCGCUCAAGCGUUACCAUUCGUCAACAAAGGGUUUGCUGAUUAUAAUAUCACGACUGUCGGCGAAAAGGCUGCAUUACUCAGCUUGAUGUCCUUUGAAAGUGGCGGAUUCCAAUUCAAUAUCAACCACUUUCCAGGAAAUCCGGGUCAAGGAACCCGCAACCUCAUGGAAUUUCCCUCUGUGUACCAAUAUGCGCUUAGUACACCUUUCUUAGCUAAACAAACCCUCGCCCUCAUACCUAACAUCAAACACAACAAAUCGAAAUCCAACAUCUCUCUAUCUUCACUCUCCAACAAUCUCCCUAAUGCAACUAAAAACAUUAUUCGCGCUGUAGUCCUGGGUGAUGGACUGAGUUUCGCUAGUGCUAUGUGGUUCUAUACCCAAAGCGGCGCGACGCAACUUGGACAACCGGGACAAGGAUGCUUGAAGUUACCUGGUAUGGUCCAAGGGCUGCAGGCCCAAACGCAGGCGGGAUGGGAAAAUUAUAUUACAAAUUGUGUGGGGACCACUAUUACGGAGGAGAGAAGAAAAAGCUACUUGACGACGUUGCAGAUUUUGAAUGGUAAUGAUGCGUAA